CAACUCCGAGGAACUUGCCAGCCAUGCCCGAGACAGCUGGGUAUGUUCAUCAUCAUCAAGCAUGGAGACAACCGGCAAUUCCUGGCUAAUAUCAAUUGCUCCGUUUUGCUUCUAACCCAUUACCUGCGUGAUAAGGUGGGAUUGCACAGGACAGACUCCAUCGACUUGUGUGAAGAGAACGGCACCCUGAAGCUGAUUUUUCUGGUCAAGUUCCCAGAAGACAACGCCAGCAAGUUCCUCACUGCACGGGGGACCUACUACGUUUGCAAAGUGGAGCGUGGCGCCACAGGGACCAAAAAUGAACACAGCUAUCGAGCCUUCCAGCCUCUCAUCAAAUCUCCUCCACAGGAUUUGCUGGAUACCCUUCGAAACCAGUGUGAGUUCCUUGAAAAAAGCCGCCUGAAGAUACUCAAGAACCAGGAUGGGAAGAAGCCCCCAACCAUGGAAGCUCUCCUGUCCUACAUGGCCAAUCAGGUGGUGGCAAAAAGCUCUGGGAAGUCCGGAGGGAGCAUGGCCAGCGGUCUAGACGAGGAGGGAUUGCCGCGCAAAACGGCCGCUGCCACCAAGGCGAGACUGGAGGCCAUCCGGAAGGAGAAGGAAAAGCAUCGCUGACCCUGGAAAGAGACCCCGGGGAAGCUCCAACCGCCGCCCCUCCACGGGGCUGACUUGGCGCCCCAAUAAAAGUGCCCGUGGCCCUGA